ACAUUUUCUCCAGCUGUUAUUAUCUGUGCAGAUUCACGGCAGCAGAACACUAUUUACACGAUCAACUUCUGGUGGUUCAACAACACAAACAAACAAUGAAGAAGAAAGUCAGACGUCUUAGGACUUCAGAGCGCAUGCAACAAACUGGCAAGGUACAAACGGCAGCAGAUGUAAGUGAAGAUAAAAUGCCAUUUAGCAGCAGUGGAAAACUGUGGAAGACUGUUACCCCGACUGCUGGCAGCAUUUGUCCUGACAGUUCAGAAACAGAGAAAACAGCUGACUUGGACUUCAGCUUGAACAAAGCAGACGACGCACAGAAACAUCCCGAGAGCAAGUCCAGAUCUUCAGGCCGUCUGUCAGCUGCCGUCUGUCGGCUUUGCCACGGAAAGUUCUCCCCGCGCAGCCUGCGGCACGCAUUUAACAAGUGGUCUCAGGAUUCUCUGGAAAUUGUUGACGAUUCAGAUGCUGCAACCCAGUCUCCACUUUUGUUUCAUACUGACUUCCAGCGGUUGGUUGGGGUCCAACUAAACCGUGACCCCCGACUUUCAGAGUUUAUCUGCAAAAAAUGUUUCACAAAGUUCUACAAGUGCCACAGCAUCCUGAUCAGGUUUCUGCAGAGGGUCAACCUGCCGCCUGUCGGAAAGGAGAACCUACAAAGUCGGAAGAAUGCAAAGAGUCCAAAUUCCUCAAUAAACCAUAGUUUGAGAGCAACGUCAAAUUUUUCAUCAGACCCCAAGUGCCUCCAAAGCCUGGUGAACUGGGCACACCAUCAUGGAGAGGCUUGCCAUUCCUGUCCUGACCUGAAGGAGGUGCUGGAGGGCCAGUGUUGGGGCUCCAUGAAGGCUGUGUGGGGCUGUGUCGAUGGUCACAGAUACAUCAUGGAUGCUCAGUGCACCACUGCUUCCUACUCAGAUAACACAGUGAAUUCUAGCAGCGGAGCGUUAAGAAGGGGGAAUGGUGACGGAGUAAUGUCAGAGGAGGAGGGACGGGAACAAGAAGAUGAAGAGGAUGAGGAGGAAGUGCCUGGUGGCAAUGAAAGAACAUCAGUGGGAAGUUUAAGCACUCUGGCUCAGCAAAGUCUACCCUCAGAUGCAGUAAAGAUACAGAACUUGGCACAGGAUGAGUGGACCGGCAGCAGUGAAGAUCUUCCAGGCCACGAGGAGCUGAUGUCUCCAAGUGCAGCACCGUUGCAGGACCGGACUGCAGACAGUGAUCUAUCCGACAGGGGGAUCUCUGAGGACGAGUUUGAGGAGAUUAGAGGAGGAGGAGACGAGCUGGAUGAAGAGUUUGAGCCGUACUCUGACAAGAGAGCUCGCAGGCUGAAUGUCGUCAGCAAAAGAAGGCAAAGCCCAAAAACCCCCGAGGAGCCCAGAGCCCGAAAGAAACCUGGACCCAAACCAGGCUGGAAGAACAAGUUCAAACCCAAAGGAGAGGAACUUCCCAACAUUUACAAGUGUCCUUAUCAGGGCUGCACAGCUGUCUACAGAGCUCCUGAUGGUCUGAAGAAACACAUCAAGGAGCAUCACGAGGACAUGCGGGAACGGCCCUGUCCCCAUCCUGGCUGCAACAAGGUUUUCAUGAUCGAUCGCUACCUGCAGCGACACGUCAAGCUCAUCCACACAGAGGAAAGGAACUACAUUUGUGACCAGUGUGGUCAAACAUUCAAACAGAGGAAACAUCUGUCAGUUCACCAGAUGAGGCAUUCAGGAGCCAAACCACUCCAAUGCGAGGUGUGUGGAUUCCAGUGUCGCCAGAGAGCGUCACUAAAGUACCACAUGACCAAACACAAGGCUGAGGCAGAUCUGGAGUUUGAGUGUCUGAUGUGCAGGAAGCGUUUCGAGAAAGCCCACAACCUGAAUGUCCACAUGUCCAUGGUGCACCCGCUGACUCAAGCAGAGGCUCAGAGGGGGGGCAGCCAGCAGCAGCAGCAGUACACUGACCUGCAGACUAUCAGUCUGACCGGAGAAGUGGUCCAGCAAGACCAGGACAGGUGACAACAAGGGGUCCAGGUCUGCUGAAUGGUAUUGAGGUUUGGGGGCUGGGACGUUUCUGGACGUGAUGUUUGAUACAAA